AUGUCAGCGGUGCCUACGAGGGUGGUGCUUGACUAUCUGCUACACCAUGGCUAUCUAGCUACGGCAGCGGCGCUGGCGGACGAUACGCAGGGCACGAUCGACGUGCCUAGGAUGGACGCCACGGCCUCGGAUCGUGUACGGCAACGUGCAGCGAUCUAUCGAUCGAUCGAGCAGGGACAGAUCGAGAGAGCAUACGCUUUGUGCCAGUCCCACUUUCCUACCGUGCUAGCCGAUGAUACCCCAUCUACCUCUACGCCACCUGCGUCCUCCACGGUCACGUACACACUUGACCCCUCGCUCCUGUCCCUCAAUAUGCAGCUACAGCAGCUGGUCGAGUACCUUCGCUCCCUCUAUACGUGCGAAGAUGCGGACGACGAGCCACUUGAGACGGCGGUGCGGUGGGCUGACACACUGCGUACACGCAUCGAUGCGCUCCCACCAGAUGCCCAUGCCGCCUACGCCACUGAGCUUGAGCAGCUGAUGGGUCUCUUUGCGUACCGCUGCCUGGACGAUGUGCCAGAGACACUGGCCCCCGCACUACACCUCUCACGACGUUCUGCGCUAGCGCAGCAGGUAAAUAGUGCGAUCUUGCAGGCAGAGGGCACCUUGCCUACGUCGCUUCUAUCGCGUGUGACGCGGCAAGCGGCCUGCACAUGGGAUCACCUGCAUGAUCGGGCCGUGGUGAUUCCGCGAGAUCACCCUUCCGUGGCGCUUAUCGGCCCGACAAGAUGCACAUCUGUCGCUGACGGCGUCAUACCACCGCCUCUCGAUUGGCUCACGCAGCCAUCAAGCAUGGCCUUUGACCGUCCAUAG